CUAUUUCAUUAUGAAACUUCCCGAAGCAACGAGAGAGGUCUCGCACAUUCCUCUGUUGCUGUCCACCUCCCUAAUAACAAUCUCUUCAUUCUGCAAUUCUCCAUCAAUUUACUAAAGCAAAGCGUUCUGAAACUUUUUCUUGCAUAAUAGCUUUUCCCUUAUUUGGCGACAUUUGUAAAUAUACAUCGAUUCUCUGUUUUGGCGGUGAUUCUGUUGUAGAUAGCAAGCGAAAUUAACAGAAGAAGGACAAAGAACAGGGGAGUUUCCCUAAAGGUGGUAUAGUCGAAAAUGAAUCCGGACAAAUUUACAAAUAAAACUAACGAAGCUCUAGCAGCAGGAGUAGAGCUUGCUCAAGAAUCUGGCCAUGCCCAAUUCACUCCAAUUCACUUGGCCAUUGCUCUUAUUGAGGAUAAUUCUGGGCUACUAAGACAAGCGGUUUCUUCUGCUGCUGGUGGAGAUCAAUCAGCGGAAUCCGUAAAGAGAGUCCUGUGCCAGUACCUGAAAAAACUACCGUCCCAAGACCCUGCCCCAGACGACAAUCCUCCCAGCACCGCCCUAAUCAAAUGCAUCAGGCGGGCUCAAUCGGCACAAAAAAAGAAAGGAGACACUCAUUUGGCCGUCGAUCAUCUUAUACUUGGAUUACUGGAGGAUUCACAGAUUGUGGACUGCUUUAAAGAAGCGGGCGUGAGUGCCUCGAGGGUUAAAUCUGAAGUUGAGAAGCUGAGGGGGGAGGGUAAGAAGGUAGAUACUGCGUUUGGUGAUACCAAUUUCCAGGCCCUGAAGACCUAUGGACGCGAUCUUGUGGAAGUGGCUGGGAAGCUUGACCCAGUUAUUGGCAGAGACGAAGAAAUCAAGAGGGUAAUCAGAAUUCUGUCUCGGAGGACUAAGAACAAUCCCGUCCUAAUUGGAGAGCCUGGUGUUGGAAAGACUGCUGUGGUGGAGGGACUGGCUCAAAGGAUUGUUAGAGGAGAUGUGCCAAGCAAUUUGUUUGAUGUUAGAUUGAUAGCAUUGGAUAUGGGAGCUCUAGUGGCUGGAGCGAAGUACAGGGGUGAGUUUGAAGAGCGACUUAAAUCUGUCUUGAAGGAGGUGGAUGAAUCUCAAGGAAAAGUCAUUCUGUUUAUUGACGAGAUACAUUUGGUUCUUGGUGCUGGGCGUACUGAGGGUUCAAUGGAUGCUGCUAAUUUAUUUAAACCAAUGCUUGCUCGAGGCCAACUGAGGUGUGUGGGAGCAACUACAUUAGAAGAGUACCGAAAAUAUGUAGAGAAAGAUGCUGCAUUCGAGCGUCGAUUCCAGCAGGUGUAUGUGGCUGAACCUAGUGUGGCCGACACCAUCAACAUUUUGCGUGGUUUGAAAGAAAAAUAUGAAGGGCACCAUGGUGUGAGGAUCAUGGACAGAGCACUGGUAGUUGCCGCCCAAUUAUCCAGUCGUUAUAUAACUGAUCGUCAUCUUCCCGACAAAGCAAUUGAUCUGGUUGAUGAGGCAUGUGCAAAUGUCAAAGUACAAUUAGAUAGUCAACCUGAAGAAAUUGAUGUUCUAGAAAGGAAAAGAAUUCAACUAGAAGUUGAGCUGCAUGCUCUUGAAAAGGAGAAAGACAAAGCAAGCAAAGCUCGGCUGGUGGAGGUUCAGAACGAGCUUGAUGAUUUGAGAGAUAAGUUGCACCCUCUGAAAAUGAAAUACCAGAAAGAGAAAGAGAGAGUAGAUGAAAUCCGUCGGUUGAAGCAAAAGCGUGAAGAAUUGAUGUAUACUCUGCAGGAGGCAGAACGAAGGAUGGAUUUGGCAAGAGUUGCUGAUUUGAGAUAUGGGGCGCUUCAAGAGAUAGAUGCAGCAAUUGCGAAAUAUGAAAUUAAUGUUGAAGGAAAUUUGAUGUUAACAGAGGUUGUAGGACCUGAUCAAAUUGCAGAGGUGGUGAGUCGUUGGACUGGUAUUCCUGUUACCAGGCUUGGCCAAAAUGAAAAGGAUCGGCUGUUAGGCUUGGCCGAAAGGUUGCAUAAAAGGGUUGUUGGGCAAGAUGAAGCAGUUAAGGCAGUUGCUGAUGCUGUGCUUAGAUCAAGGGCAGGACUUGGGAGGCCACAGCAACCUACUGGAUCUUUCCUAUUCUUGGGACCCACUGGAGUUGGUAAAACAGAGCUUGCAAAGGCUCUUGCAGAACAACUGUUUGAUGAUGAAAACUUGCUGGUCCGGAUUGAUAUGUCUGAAUACAUGGAGCAGCAUUCAGUUUCUAGGCUCAUCGGUGCUCCACCUGGAUAUGUUGGAUAUGAAGAAGGUGGACAACUAACUGAAGCAGUUAGAAGACGACCAUAUAGUGUUGUUUUAUUUGACGAGGUGGAGAAGGCACAUGUAUCUGUAUUCAACACCUUGCUUCAGAUGCUUGAUGACGGUAGAUUGACGGAUGGACAUGGUAGGACAGUUAAUUUCUCCAACACAGUCAUCAUCAUGACAUCCAACCUCGGAGCAGAGUACUUGCUUGCAGGACUCUCUGGACACACAACCAUGCAAGUUGCCCGAGAGAGAGUAUUGCAAGAAGUGAAAAAGCACUUCAGGCCAGAGCUGUUAAAUAGACUUGAUGAGAUAGUUGUUUUUGAUCCUCUUAAAAAUGAGGAGCUGAGGAAAGUUGCCAGAUUGCAGAUGAGAGAUGUAGCAGUACGGCUUGCAGAGAGAGGAGUUGCUUUGGCAGUCACUGAUGCAGCUUUAGACCUUGUCCUUAAGGAAGCCUACGAUCCUGUUUAUGGUGCUAGACCCUUAAGACGCUGGCUGGAAAAGAAAGUUGUAACUCAUCUGUCUCAAAUGCUCAUUAGUGGAGAAAUUGAUGAAAACUGUACCGUAUUCAUAGAUGCAAUGCCUGGGCAGUCAAUGUUAUCCUAUCGUGUGGAGAGGAAUGGAGGAAUAGUAAAUCCAGUCACUGGGUUAAAAUCAGAUAUCUUAAUAGAAAUUCCUGCUAAUGCAGUCAAAUCUGAUGCAUCUCAGGCUGUCAAGAAAAUGAGAAUUGAAGAAAUAGAUGACGAUGAGCCUAUGGAAGAAAUUGUGUGAGAUUUUUAGCCCGUUAAGAUGUGAUAUCAUAUUUAUUUAGUAAUUUUGCGAGGAGAGAUAAACGUGAACAAUUGCAUGGUUUGGUAGCUUCUUUUAUGGUGAGAAAUAUAUUAACCUGAUGUUUCCAUAAGAGUGCACGAUGGCAACAGUUCAAAGUGUGAUGGCUUUUAAGUUGGAGGAAAAUUAUCUCAGCGUUACUGUGACUCUUCUUAUCUAAUGUAAUUUCUCGGAAAUAGUUUUUAAAUGAAAUAAAAUGUUAGCAAACUCUUGCUGAAAAUCA